GCACCAACGACAGCACCAGAGAGCCUGAUCACCCAAUGUUCGACGUGCAGGUGCUCACCGUUGUCAUCCACAGAGACGACACCCUUCAGGACCUCCUUCACCAGGAUAUGCUUCCCGACGCUGUCCCAUUGGUCAAGAAGGUCGUCAUCAAUGACAUGAAUGUUGCUGAUGGUGUUAAAGAGAAGGACCAGGAACCCCGGCUUCAGCUCAAAGCCAACGACCACUACAGCACCGGCGGCGACACAAGCAAUAAGGACGACCACCUUUACCACGGGAUGAGCUACAACUUUGACAACGACAGGAGCAAGAACCUUGGACAGUACCAGAGUGCUGGUCUAAAUGACUAUGACAGCUCCGCAGGUGUUUCUCUUACGGAACCCGAAACACUUGAUAGAAAGAAGAGAUACGCGCCUGGACCCGCAAAUACUAUCGGCAGCGCUAACCUUACUUUAACGAAGACCACUGCCCCCCUGGACCCUCUUAAGCCCGGCAACACCGUGGGUUACAGGCUGGACAUCGCCUUGCCUGUGCUAACGACGGGGAUCGAUCUGGUGGUGGAGAUCUUUGUGAUGGAUGCGGUCUCAGGCAUCACACCUUUCGCUCUCUGCGAUGUUACCAUCAUCGCUAUCGGUAGCAAGAUCUCAAACUCUUCCGGUGGUGCCCUCACACCUGCGUCCGUUCCUAUCAACAACCUGCUCAACCCCAAUUUUGGCACCUUUUACGAUCGAGCUAUCAUUGAUUUCGGCAACGUGACAAACAGUGAUACAUACUCCUCAGGACAAACGGACUACACCGACAGCACCAUCAGCAUCACCUUCACCGCCACCCUGGUCAUCAACAGCAACUACAACAACAACACGGUGGUGGUUACAGCAGGAGCAGAGUACGACUCCCAGAACAUGGUGUGGGUCAGCCAGGAGACUCAUAACUUCAGCAUGACUGCAGGUUCCUAUGUUCAAAGUAUUCAAAUGAGUUCUCCGACCACCCUGGCCCAGUACUCAGGAGGCAGCUUCAGCAUCGACGCCUACCUCACCAACCCAUUCGAUACUCUCACCUUCGAAGUCUACACCAACCAAGAUUUAUAUGACCAGUUCACCAUCUCCCAGAUGUUCAUUUUGUCGAAGGGGUCCAACUUCGUUUGCAUGCUGGACUCGAUGAUAACAACAACGUACUAUGACUCUGCCUCUGGUAGAACAGUACAACGAGCGACCCUCAUAGCCCCACUCAUAAUUAAGAAUCUUGACUACACUGCUUUAACGGCUGCCCUGACCAACUCCAACUUCCUGAUGCAGCUGGGAUUUAACAUCUUCCUGGUUGACGCUAAGGCUGGGGAUGUGGUGAAUGUUGGUGUCGGACUGAUCAUUGGAGUCACCACCAUCUGGACUGGAAACGUCACCAUUACUGUCACUGCUGGUUCUAUUCCUGUCUCUGCGACACCCACCUGGAGUGCGGUGAACCCGGUAACCACAACAGCGGUCGCUAAUGGAGGUACCGCCACCUGGGGCUUCACAUUGACCAUCCCUAGCAGUCAAGAUGUCCUGGUGGAUUGUUCUGCAGUCCCUGGUUCUGGAGCCACUGUGUGCAGUUUUGCUUAUGGAAGCGUGGGAGUAAACAUUGCCAGCAUACCCAAUAUAGAAAACCUCUUGAUUAAUGGAUCUGAUGGCUCCAUGAAGUUCACUGAAGAUUUCAACUCGACAGGCACUUUCACAAUAGCUGGCGCCAAUGACAUCACCUUUGAGGUCUCUGUCCAGUAUUCAGGAACUGCUCGUCCUUCAACAACACUGACAUGUUCUGGUGGCCUGUCUGCAACACUCGCUGCUACUUCUGGGACUGGUAACAUCAGCGACAUGACUGGCACGGUGUCGCAGCUGGUUACCUCUGACAUUAACUGGUAUAGCGGGUCACAAGCGGGUCUCUCAGUUAAUCUAACUUUCCCAGCUGGUGGAACACCCUAUCAAUCACUUGUGUUAGAGAGUGCUGGAGACCUUAGUGUGUCGGGGUGGGGAGCUAGAGCCUGUGAAGUCAGGAUUCUCUCAGCUGGCAAGGCUGUACCCUGCAUCGCCGGCUUUACUGACGACAUCAACGCGCAGACACUCAUGUACCUAGCGAAGAAUGACUCUGUGUUUAAUGAUGGAAUGCGGCUGCCAAUGGGACCAGCGUGUGGUACUAACAGGCUCACCACUGGGAAACCCAGCGACUACAAGGUGUCUAUUAGGGUAGUCUACUACAUGCCUACACCCCAACCCACUGCCGUAGCUGGAAUGUUCAAUCUCAGUGUGGGAAUCAGUUUGGCCAGUAAUCUCAUCUGGACUGGUUGGGAUUCCUUCACAUACACUACCGCUGCUCCGACAUCUCCCACAGUGUCUUCACUCCAAUGUUCAACGUUUGUCUCAGGUGUAGAGGACCUCAUAUGCUACAUCAGACUAUAUUUGAAGGGUAACACAUUGACUCCAUCUGUACAUCCGACAGUCAUAAGUUCUGUGGUGUUGAAGACACCUCCGGGGUCUGUGGGACAAUAUUCGAUUGUUUUCACAGUGAACAGUGUCAGCACUAUCAGUCUUUGCAAAAUUCUAAUUCUUGACAUUGGAAGUAACUAUGCCUGUCUGGACAAAAACCCUUACUUCAAGGAGACAAUCCCCUUCCAACCCAACACCAUCAUUCAUAGCCCAGUCAACUGGGGGCUCCAAGCCACGGUUAAUUUUGGCAUUCUUCGUAAUUUGGGAACUGGAACGAUGUAUCCUGGCAACGUUGGAGACGUUAACUCCAUUGUGCUUGGUGUGGUGUUGAAGGGUGUGGCAGGGGGCACUGGAGUGCUCACAGCCACUCUCACAGGCUUUCCUAACCCACCAGCCACGGCUUCCCUCACCGUUUCUUCUGUCAUGCCUGAUCUGGGAGGAAACAUCGUGGUCACAGCGCAGGGCGUGGACGGUACCGGCAAUGCCUACGAUGGCGUCAUGAAGUUGGUGAACUUCAACCUGACAGUACCAGCUGGCUAUGGCAAGGAAGUCACCGCAACCAUCACCAAUAACGCCGCUUCAGUCUUCACCAUCUGCUUCGCUGCUGUCAUCUUUGCUGGACAGAACCUGCCUUGCUUAAUUCCCCCACAAGUUAUAUCUAACCUGACCGUGAACACAGCCACACAACAAGUGAUGUCAGUGCAGUUCGGUUCAGUCUGUUAUCGUCAGUUUACUAACAACUCCUUCGAUGAUGUGGCAGUGCUUCAGGUAGGUGUAAUGUUCCUACCCAGCAUGGGCUCCACAGCCACACUCUCGCUGGCCCUCAGCGAGAAUUCAGUAGUGGCAGCUCCUGUUACAUUCACAGUCACCAAACUAUCGACAGCCUACAGCCCAGGCUUCAUCAAUACUACUGGUAUGAUGCUAGGACUCAUCAAUAAUGGCACAAACACUGUGACCCCUGGACUAAGGACAUGGAUCGGAGUCACUUUCACGAUUCCCAAGGGUGUUACAACAGAUGUUGAGGUGGGUGUGAUGACACCUUCUGAUUCUGGCCGAGCCUAUGCUACAGUCCAUGGCUUCAGAUUUGUCCCGGGUUUGGCCAGCCGCAACCUGGGUUGCCUACUACAGAACUGCUCUCUCUACAAGCCUUCUAUAAUACAGAACUCCUCCUUGUCAAUGCCCAUGAUCCAUCCCUCCCAGACAGAUACUCUCACUUCCAGCUUACUCUACAUCACUAACACAGGGCUGAGCUACUAUCAGCACAGCUACCAAGUACAAGAUGAUCAGCUAUGGAUCGAAGCAGAUAUCUGGAUAGCAGACCACCCAAAUGCCACUAACGGAGCCACCAUUAACAUACACUUUGCUAUAAAGGCUGCCGAUAAGAUUUUCGUCAUCACUGUGCCUCUGACUCUGGAUAAGACAGCAACACAAGUAAUGAGCGUUGUCACUAAUAUCUUCUUGACAGACAACACAACCACCCUCUUUUCACAAGGGGAGCGGGUGGAGCUGACGUUACAAGCAUAUCACGUUGUGAACGUUUCCACUCUUGAAGCCAAUACAGCUGCGGUGAGGAUACUCAUGCCUAAGUACCUCGGCUUCGUUCCUGGGCUAGACUCUUGUACGGGUAACAUUACAGGAAACCUCACCACUUCAGGGUAUAUUGACUAUGAGAUUGGGUACCUUUUCUUCACGGACAUCCUGGAGUUGAACUGCACCCUCACCAUUGACCCCAACAACACCCUGCCUAAGGGACUUGGGAUUGUCAACGCAACUACCAUCAUGAGAUUGGUCUGCUCCACCAGCCUCAAUGCCGCUCUCAAGUACUGCGGGAACACCUCCUAUGUUGGUUAUCAGAUGAACGGAGAGGACUGCACCAAUCCCUUAGGAAUGGCUACAAUGAGUGCGUGCCAGCUAACAGCAUCAUCAGCCAUCGACUCCACUACUGGUCCUCUCAUGGCUGUGCCUGGCUCUGGCUCAGGGUGGAGUCCACCAGUACGUGCAGGAGCAACCUGGAGUGACUACUACACCAUCGAUUUCCUGAAAGACACAAGAGUCACAAGGAAAUUGUCUGGAGGCUACUUUGUUGCAUUUUACUGUAAUUGGAUUGGAUUACAGGGCAUUGUAAUCAACGUUCCUACGAGUGGAAUUGUCGACCUGCCCAGUGAGUGUCGCUUCCAGGCUCGGUAUGGCAGACUGGUUAUUCUCAGCGUCAGCAGUGGUCUUGGGACCGCUGCUGUGCCUACUGGCACCACCCCUGUGGGUGUAAGGUUUACGGAUUGGUACGGAUGUUACUUGCAGAACACUACAAACACAUGUACAGGACAACUCUCCACCAUCCUCUCCACAGAUGUUACCAAGUGGCGUCAUGCUGCGUAUGAUAGCGUUAACAAAUUCCUCUACUUCUGUGAUGUCUCCCUCGACGGCACUCAUCUCCUGUGCUUCUGCACUCCUGACGGUGUUACCUGGAAUGCUAUGCCAUCUUAUAUCGGUGGGCUGGUUGGGUUUGAUACCACUACCAGCAUGAUGUAUGCUAUGGACACAAAAUGGGUGGCCAUGGUGGGUAGCAUAGAUUGUGUCAACUGGUCCAUUGUAUCUGCUGCCGAUCAGGCCAAAAUUAAUGCCUCAGCUACCCCUCCAACAUCGAUUCCUGGCAAACCUGCGGCCACACUCGGUUCAGUCAUCAUUGGACCCUGGACAGCUGACUUCACUGGGCUGCAACUUGGUGGACAGUACAUGGCUAAGUGGGCCAAUUGCUGCUCCUAGGAGGCCAGUACAUGGUUAAGUGGUUCGGCUAAUGCUCUUAUCUUGGGCAUGUUGACCCAAGCUACACUUAGAACUGAUGUACAUGGCCAAGUGGGCCACCUUUUGCUUCUAGGAAAGCAGUACAAGACCAAGUGGGCCAACUACUUCUCAUAAGAAAGCAGUAUGAAGGCAUGUGGAGUACCUGCUGCUCACAUACAUUCCUCCCUUCCAUCAACCAUUCAAUAAACACCCUCCAGAACAUGCCCUCCAACA